UAUCCAAAUAUUGGGUCCACAACAGCCUUGCACUUUCUCCCCUUUCCUCUUUAACCCACAUCACCCCCCCACCUUUUUCUCUACACAGAAUCCAAACUCUCAAAUCUAUUUAGAUUUCACUGCUGUUACCUUUCCCUUAUCAGAUUGCAUUUAUGUUUCGGCUGCUUAAAAGGUUGUUUAUGUAAAAGGACAUCUGGAGAUGGUGAGUUGGUGAUUCGGUGUUUGCAAAACGGAAAGAGAAAGCGGUCUAGUGUUUAGAAAGAGCGAGGAUGAAGAGAGGGAAAGAUGAGGAGAAAAUGAUGGGGCCAAUGUUUCCUAGGCUUCAUGUUAAUGAUACCGAGAAGGGAGGGCCAAGAGCACCUCCAAGAAACAAGAUGGCCCUUUAUGAGCAGCUCAGUAUUCCUUCUCAGAGAUUCAGUCAUCCAGUGAUGCCUUGUGACCCCAGUAAUUCCGCUGCCAAUUUGGUGCCUCGGUUGAGCCAGGGUGGUGGAAAUGACCGAGGUAUGUGUUUCUCUCGUCAGGUUCCACCUGGACAUCCGUCUGAGAACCAAUACAGUCAAUAUUCUGAUUUCAGCACUUCAUCGCCACAAUUACAGCAGAGGAAGAAAUUAAAUGAAGGUGACUACAGUGUUCCUGUUUUCGUCCACUCUAUAGCUAGUCAAGAAUUUGAUAAGUAUAGUAUUAAUAUGGACCGGGAAAGACUUUCAUCCUCCAAUCCUCAUAUUUUCGAUCACUCGUUGAAAUCCCAAGAUGCCGAAGAAACAGGCAUGAAUGAACACAGCACAAGGCAAGAGGGCAACAACCAGAAGAGAGAAAACUCAAAAGAGGUAGUGGUUGGUUGGGUUAAAGCCAUUUCAAAUUCAUCAUCCACUGACAAGCAAACUGGUUGCUCUCUGAUUCAUGAAUCAAGAGAUGAGCCCAGUGAUAAUAUUGACAGAUUAAAGACUGAUAAUUGUGUAAGACCAGAGCUCUGUGCCGAGUCACAACCUUCUAGCAAUAGGCAAUGUAAUGCUGCUUUAAGGAAGAAUACAAUAUCAGUAGCAAGAAGAAAUUCAUCUGAUUCAAAUAAAGGUUUACCAUCAGAAGACCAGAAUCUUGUGCACGGUGUUAGUAAUGAUACAGAAUCUUCUGAAGAUGGUUCUUGUAGGUCACCACAAAUGAAUAACUUGGAGAAGGGCGACAGUGUUUCUGAAACUUCUGUUUUGGAUACCAUAUCUGGACUGGAUAUAACACCUGAUGAUGUUGUGAGCAUGAUAGGCCAGAAACAUUUUUGGAAAGCCAGAAGAGCUCUUGUAAAUCAACAAAGACUUUUUGCAGUUCAAGUGUUUGAGCUGCAUAGACUGAUAAAGGUUCAGAAAUUGAUUUCUGCUUCACCACAUGUUCUGCUGGAGGACUCUGGUUAUUUGGGUAAGCCUUUAAAGCCUUUGCAUGGAAAGAAACUCCCCUUGGGUUGCGCUGUUAAAGCAAUCCCAAAUGUUUCCAAGCAAAAAGGCGACACAGAGAAGCCAAGUCACAAGAAGGAAGGCUCUGCUGAAAACACUGUUGAGAAAGCAUCCAUUUCUUCCGCUCAAAACGGGGGUCUGCCUUCAAGUUGUGGACCAUUGAGCGCAAACUCUCCUGCACCAUCUGUCAAUCAAUCGUGGUGUUUCAAUCAACCACAAGGGCCGCACCAGUGGUUGAUUCCGGUGAUGUCUCCUUCUGAGGGACUAGUAUACAAGCCAUAUCCUGGACCUGGAUUUAUGGGCCAACCUUGUGCUCCCCCUGCAUCAAAUCCAAUGAUGGGCAACAUUUUAACUCCAUAUGGACUUCCAGCUCCACCUCCUCAGUAUCAACUACCUUCAUUUCCUCCUGUUGGUCCUCAUGGCUACUUGCCUCCUCCCUACGGCAUGCCAAUUAUGAACACGGCAGCAUUCUCAGGUUCAUCUGUUGAGCAAAUGAACCCCCCAGCUACUCUGGGUCGGUUUUCAGGAGGAGAAGAAAAUGAAACCAAUUUCAUCAACCAACAUCAUAACUUGUUCACUUCCCCAAGCCAAAAGAAUGGGGCAGUUCCAGACGAUAUUAACUUGCGGCGGGCGUCCAAGGAUAUUGAUAUGCAAGCUAGCACAGGUAGUAGCCCGAUUGAAAGACGGUCCGGUAGUCAAGCGAGCAACAAUUUGGAAGGAAGAAAUAUGCUUCCACUUUUCCCCACUUCUGGGGCUAUCAGUGCCUCCAAGUCGACCCCUCAGGUUGCUACACCUGAGCGCCAGAGUCGGGUGAUCAAGGUCAUCCCACAUAAUGCCUUAUCUGCAUCUGAAUCUGCUGCAAGAAUCUUUAGGUCUAUACAAGAAGAAAGAAAACAGUAUGAUUCAAUGUAAAGCUUCUCUUCUGCUGCUGUGAUUGAGCAGGUGGGAACCACCUCUUUCUUUCACAUCAGUUUGGCGUUUGGGAUUCAACUUCUGAAACCAUUUUGCCUGUAUUCUUUUGUAACUGUAUUUGAUUCUUGUUGCAAGUUCGAUCGAUCA